CCUUUCCCUCACCAACAACGCGUCCUUUACUUGGUUCUCAUGAAGUUCCGCACCAGGAACCCCUUAUAUCUACGCGUAUCGCAACACCACGUAUUGCCACUCUAUCUUUACCUUGACGAACGCCAUGUGAGCUGGAUGUCCGAAACUGUCCUCCAACAUGUUCUCGCCGAUCUUCAACCCAAGAUUCUUCCCAAGCUAAGGGCAGAAGCAGACGUUCAUGCAGCCUCAGCCGCGUCAGCUAAGAAGCCCACAGUCGACACACAUCGAGGAGACUCGUACCAGUUCUGUUAUUUCAUAAGACGAACUGAGCAACACUCGGCGCUUAUCAAGACUCGCUACUUCACCGCUGCACCACCGCAAAGCAGAGCGCCUCCCCCGCACCAAGGAUCGAAGCGUAAAGGUCGCAAGGAAAGCGCACGUACAGCUCCAAACAAGCGGAGAAAGACGAAAGGAAAGGGAAAAGCGUCCGAUGAAGGCGAUGAUGCAGCAUUAUCUAGUGGUGGUGAAGAGGAUGCAGCACAGAGUAACUUGGAUGACGUUGAGAUGGAUGAUGUUGCUCCUAACGAAAUCGAGUCUACUCCAAUAGACAUUGACCAGGACGAUGACGAGGAGAAACCAAAACCAGCUUUAUCCUUAACUUAUCAAAACUUCAGCAUCUACGGACAGUGUCUUUGUGUGGUGGUCGAACCAUAUCCUCCAUUGCGAUCUUCUUCCAUCGCUCCAUCACGUGCCCCUUCUAUCGCCCCCGUCUUUGCGACUGCUCGCCAACAGAGUGUUGCUCCCACACCUAUAUCGGGAGGUUCUGCACAGAGAGCACGGACCCCGUUAUUUCUUCCUGACGAUGAAGACGAGCGAGAAGGAAGUGUUAUACCUCCGGAAAGCAAGUCGAGACAGUUACCUCCCGUUCCGCUGUUUAGCCCAGACGAUCCAGAGGAGGAAGACAAUGGAGGCAUGAUGGCAUUCAGUCAAGUAAUGACGAGCUAUAGCCACUUACCCGCAGGUAUGGUAGAGGAUGACGACGAACUAGACGGCGCCGUUUUCUUUGGCGAUGCAGAUGAGAUGAAGGAGUUAUAUGAUUAA